CUAGUGCUUAGUGCGAUAUAACACAGUGAACGUGUUUACUUGAGCUUCCUUUCAACACCAUCAAAUCCAACUUUAAAAUGCUGAUCAGCCGAUUUUCCUGUUUGAAGCUCAUGCUUUUGAUGGUUGGACUGGGCAUGGCAUCCUCGUAUGAAAUUAUCAGACAAUGUCCUGUACAUUUCGUCUUCAAAGAUAACUAUUGCCAGUAUGAGCCCGUGCGGGGUUAAGAAUUGAUAACAACAAAUAAAUAAUUUCUGAACAUUAA